GAGGUUAGGUUGACUUAUUUAUUACAUAACAUUUAAUAGUACACCAGAACAGUUAGUGUACAACUGUAAAUUGACGUGUAAUUACUCUAGUGAACAAAACAAACAAAUCUAUACUUCUGACUUAUCUUUUGUUUUUCACUCAAUAACAGCUGAUAACUUAGUGUAUAUAAGGUCCACUGGAUAGCUUUGACGAAAAGUUUUAAAUUAGUUUCUUGUUAUGUUAUUUGUGUUUUAUAUCUAAUUAAUUAAUGAAGACUAAGAAAUGUUAUCUAAACUAAAAAGUAUACCCAAACUAGCAAAACAGGUGCAUCUUCGGGUGAAAGAAUAUUCACAAAUUACAACUCACUAUACAGUACAUCCAAGGGAAAAAGAUCCAAGAUGGAAGGAUGUCAACAUGGAGAGGUUCACAGACGAGACAGAUAUACUUAUAGUAGGGGGUGGACCAGCAGGUAUGAGUGCUGCUAUUCGAGCAAAGCAGCUUGCAGAAAAAGAUGGCAAAGAACUCCGUGUAUGUUUGGUAGAGAAAGCUUCUGAAGUAGGUGGGCAUAUAUUAUCUGGAGCUGUGAUACAACCAUCAGGUUUAAACGAAUUAAUACCAGAUUGGAAAGAAAAAGGAGCUCCACUUAAUACUCCAGUAACCGAAGAUAAAUUUGGAUUUUUAACUGAAACUAGCAGAUUCAAUAUUCCCAUUUUCAAAGGAUUACCAAUGGACAAUCAUGGCAAUUACAUAGUUCGUUUGGGCCACGUUGUAAGAUGGUUGGGAGAACAAGCAGAAGCAUUAGGGGUUGAAAUAUAUCCUGGAUAUGCAGCUUCUGAAAUUUUGUAUCAUCCAGAUGGUAGUGUCAAAGGAAUUGCUACAAAUGAUGUUGGUAUUGCAAAAGACGGAAGUCCAAAGGAAAGUUUCGAACGAGGUAUGGAACUACAUGCUAAAUGUACGAUUUUUGCUGAAGGUUGCCAUGGACAUCUAUCAAAACAGAUUAUCAAGAAGUUUAAUCUUAGGAGCAAUUCCGAAGCUCAAACUUAUGGAAUAGGACUAAAAGAAUUGUGGGAAAUUGACCCCGCGAAACACAAACCUGGGAGAGUAGAACACACGUUUGGCUGGCCAUUAGAUAUUCAUACUUACGGUGGUUCAUUUCUCUAUCAUCUCAAUGAAUCUACACCAAUGAUAGCUGUCGGCUUUGUAGUUGGACUUGAUUAUAGUAAUCCAUACCUAAGUCCUUUUAAAGAAUUCCAGAGGUUUAAGCAUCAUCCUUCUGUAAAAGGAUACUUUGAGGGAGGUAACAGAAUAGCUUACGGUGCUAGGGCACUUGUCGAAGGUGGACUCCAAAGUCUACCUAAACUGACUUUUCCUGGAGGAUGUUUGAUUGGAGAUUCUGCAGGAUUUAUCAACGUACCGAAAGUAAAAGGCACUCACAAUGCAAUGAAAAGUGGAAUGUUGGCAGCAGAGAGUGUUUAUGAAGCAAUAAAUAGUGAAAAACAACGAACUGAAGGAUUUGAACCAAAAACAUAUGGAGAUAAUUUGAAAAAUAGUUGGAUUUGGAGGGAAUUGAGACAGGUUAGAAAUAUUAGACCUAGUUUCCACAAUAGGUUCGGAUUAUAUGGUGGAUUGCUACAUAGUGGAAUUUCUAUUGUUCUUGGUGGUAGGGAACCAUGGACAUUAAAACACGGAGAUCCUGAUCAUAAAAGGCUAAAACCUGCCAAAGAGUGCAAACCAAUCGAUUACCCAAAACCAGAUGGUAAAAUCAGUUUUGAUCUUCUCACCUCUGUUGCACUUACUGGUACUAAUCACGAAGGUGAUCAACCUGCACAUCUAACACUUUUGGAUGAUGAUGUUCCUGUGAAAGUUAAUCUUGCUAAUUAUGACGGUCCAGAAGGAAGAUUUUGUCCUGCAGGAGUGUACGAAUACGUUCCUUUGGAAUCGGGUGAAGGUAUGAAAUUGCAAAUAAACGCUCAAAAUUGCAUACAUUGCAAAACUUGCGACAUCAAAGAUCCAACACAAAAUAUCAACUGGGUCGUACCAGAAGGUGGCGGUGGACCAGCAUACAAUGGAAUGUAAAAUAGAAGAACGAGUUAGAAUAAACUAAAAGUAAAUCAUAUUCAUAUAUCAGCAUAAUUUUAUUUGAAUAUUUUGGAAAGGUAUAUUUUGAAUAAUGCUGCUAUAGAGAAUAUGAUGGUGUAUAGUGUAGUUAAACAUAACAAAAUAACUGUCAAGACUUUUCAAAAUCUUUUAUUCCUAAAACUGGUACUUCCUUAGCUUCCAUUUCAAUCUAUUAUUGGGAAAUAAAGUGCACCAAUAUAAUAUUAGGUAAUAAAAAAUGUCACAAAUAUAGUAUCAAAAUUGGUUCAUUCCAAGUGCAGUAAAGAUGACACAGUCAGUUCUGAAAUUACUACUAGUAAGGUGGAAAAAGAAAUAGGAAUAAAUAGAGAGCAUAAGUCAAAAAAAUCGAGGAAACUGUAUAAAGGAUGUAAGGAUUGCGAACUAGCGCUAUGCAUCCACGAACAAAAGUAAUUGGAAUUCUAGGUCAAAGACAUUUCCCUCUAUUUUUCUCUUGCUCGCACUCCCUUGAUUUCUUUAUGUAUUUCCGUCCCCACUUUCCUCAUAUCUUCUGUUUUUGUUGUAUUUGUAGUUUCAAGACCAAAAAGUGUUGUGUUCGCAUCUGCUCCUCGAUACGAUUUGACAUCUUAUAUAAUGAUUUUCCUUUUUUUGUUAUUAGCAUGAAAUCUGAUUGAUAUCCUGACUAUGGAUUUCUCAAAUUAGAAAAAGAAGCCACAUUUUGCAGAAACCAUAAAGCUGCUCUUCUACAAUAUCAAAUCAAUAAUGAAUUUAAUAAUUGUUUUUAAUUAUAAACAUGUAAUUCUAAUAGAAUGGAGCACAUGUUCAUUAUCACAGGCUAGUUGGACAUUAUUUUAGUUCAGUGACGGAUUAGCUUAAGAAUAUUUGUAAUUUAGUAACUAAGAUACUCUAACUUGCUUUGUCCUCAUUGAGUUAUCUUUAGACCCUUAUCACAUUUUAAAAGAAUUAAAAUCAAACAUGCAUUUUGCUAAAGCCUUUUUUCACAAAUAAUUAUCAUUUUCAUGGAUCACGGAAAGGUUUGGGUUCAAUAAAAGGCAUUUGGGCAUUGAAAUUUUCAUUGCUUUUGUUUAAUAUUCCAACAGAAAUCUAGACUAAAAAGACUCUUGCUAUUUUUUAGAAUUUUGUAUCAAUGACAUAGGAGCUCAUAUGCUGUUAUAAUACUUUAUGGGGUACUUUUCAACUAUCAUGGUACAGUGAUAGUUUUUAAAAUGUACAGUGUGUUCCAAGAUAUUUUGUAUCUCAACUUCAAUGAACAUUAGGUUCUUAUUUAUGGAAUAAACAUUAAUAGAUAUAUCUGCAAAAACUACAAACUCGCUAUAUUUUUUAUAAAAUUUGUAUUUUAUUAUUAUUCUAUAAUUUUAUAUCUACAUUUUCAUUUGUUUUUAUAAUAUUGAAUUAUAAAAUGAAAUUUUACAUGGUGUAUGUUUAUUCAAUUGUAAAUCUGAGAGAAAGAUGGAAUAAAUUUAUUUUUGAAGUAGGAGCUUAUUACUGUUUGCAAUUUACAACUUUCAGACAUUAUUGUCAGUUUGCAGGUGGUAAUAAGUCAAGACUAAAUAUCUUGGAACGAUAAUUGACAAUAUUGCAUGUGAUAAUGUGUUAUCACACACAGCUAAAAAUAUUUCUUUAGAUUAUUUUGGAAAGUCUUGUUAUAGAAUCGCCUGAUUAAUGAUAGGCAAUUUCACUAAUAACUUUAAAUUUUAAAUAGAGGAAUGUGAAAUAUUUUAAUAAGAUCUUUUUUGAUAAUUAUUUUUACACAAUUUAAUUGUAUGUAAAUAUUACGGUAAAUGUUUUUGAAAUAUACAACUGAUGUUAUUUUUUUACAUUUCUCAUUUAAUGUACAUAUCUAGUAAUUGUUAUUGUUUAAACUAUUUAUAAAGAAAGAGAUAGUAAGACCUUGCUUAACGUUGUUUAGUUUAGCGAUCUUUUAUUUUAUCCUGGGGAUUAUCUGAAAUUGUGUGCAACUAGGCUUCCAAAUAUGUAUAUAUAACAUAUCCGAAACAGUGUAAUUGUGUUUCUUUUUCAUCAUUUGAAACAUUUAUUGACAUUAUUGUAAGUAUAAACAUCAUGGGUGAUAUUGAAAAACAAGAAAAGAAGCAACUAGAAUAAGCAUCAAUCUCAAAUUAGUGCUGUAUGGAAUUUGGUAACUUCUUAAGAAUCAAGAAAAAAUACUGUCAUUGGCAACUGUAACUACGUCAAGCUCAACUAGAAUGUUCCGUUCUUAAAAUAUUAUUAUAGAGGAAAAUGGAAAAACGACUGUAUAUGGAUUGACGAUAAAAUUAAAUGCAAUAUGCCAAUAAGUCAUUCUAUUAUAAUUGAAAAAACUAGAAAAAUUUUUAAUUACAUUCAGGAAGAGGCAGUCGAAGAUGGUUUAAUAGAUUUAAAAAUCAAAAUAAUCUCCACAACAUAAAUAUUACAAGGGAAGCAGCAAGUAGUAAUACGAAAGUGGCGGCUGAAUUCCCAGCAACAGUGAAAACAAUGAUUGAACAAGGAAACUAUCCUCCAUCCGAACAUUUCUAACCCUUAGAUAUCCCAAAAGAAAUGAAAACCAAGAUUUAAAGCUUCUACUGGGUGAUAACCCAAGCGGAGACUUCAAAGUAAAACCACUAUUAGCUUACCAAUCCCAAAUCCAAAAGCGAUGAAAGACAUAUCUUCCUAGAUCAACUUAACAUAUAAUUUGGAAGUCUAAUAACAAAUGAUCGAUAACUAUGAAAAUGUUCCCUUAUUGAUUCACUGAACAUUUCUGCCCGUCUGCUGAACAACAAACUUGAACAAAGAGCACUACUAUUAAUUGAUAUUGCUCCAAGCCACUCAACAAAUUUAUCAGACUUAACAACAUGCAAUCCGGUCGAAGUAAUUUUCUUGUUGCUAAACCCAAUUGCCUUUAUUCAACCAAUGGACCAAUGAAUGCUGUAGAAACCAUAAACCUUUCUUGGAGAACAUUUGGCCAAAUUUAGUAAGAGCGAAGACAUUGGACACUCUGUUGAUAUAGAUGAAAUAGUGAAAUUAGCAAAACAAACCGGUUAGAUGAGAUAAAUGUGGAAGACGUCGAAGAAGUAGUUCAAGUUCAAUUAGUAUUUCUAAUGAUGAGGUCAAGGAAUUAACUGAACAAGAGGAAAACGAAAAUAUUGAUACCAGUGGUUGCGAAGAAGAAUAAGAAGUACUUCCAAUGGCGUUUGUAAAAAGGAGUUUGACCACUAUAACUGAAAUUAUUGGCCAAUUUGUUCAAAAUUUCAACAAUUCAAAUGCAAGAUGGGGUAUUAUAGAUGCUUUAUCCACUUAUCAACAAAUUCUAACAGAACGCAAAUUACAUUAGAUAUCUUGUUAGGAUAGCCAAGUUCAGCGCUGUUUCGUAUUAUGACCUUAAUUUACUUUAAUGGAACGUAAUCUACGCGUUAAACGGGACCUUACAUUUUUGUACUAUACUACAUUGUUAUUGAUGGGAAAUAUAUAUUUACAUACAA